CCCCCAAAUUCAGAGAGAGAGAGAGAGAGAGAGAGAGCAGCGGGAAGCUCAAACCAGCGAAUUGAAAGCUUCUUCUUCCUCUCUCUGAAUCAUUGUUCGCUCUCUCCUCAGAAACCAAGGGUUUAAGCCUUUUAACUUGGAACAUUGUUCACCCUUUCGAAUCAAAACCACUUAUUCUGUUAAGAGGCAGAAGGAAAAGGUUCACUCUCUCUUCUGCACAAAGGCUUUUCCAAAAUGCAUUGGAGCACACGAUUCUUGUGUGUUCCGAAUCCGAUCGAAAGAUCGCCGGCUGUUUGAUGGAAUCAGCGAAGUCUGUGUUUUCAGUGUUUGCCAUCUCAUGGAGUUCAUGGUUCGGUGUAGUUCGUGCAUGCUAUCCAGAUUUCGUUUUAACCUUCGAUUUGCCGUCGUCGUUUUCGAGAUUGUAUUGAUAUUGGCAUGGUUGGAAGUCAAUAAUGCAAAGCCCCAAGAACACCAAUUUAAAUGGGGAGGCUUGGAAGGGAGGAUUGAGAACAUUGCCUCACACUCUUGCAUCCAUGACCAGAUACUUGAACAGAGAAAGCGACCUGGUCGAAAGGUGUAUUCAGUUAUGCCACAGGUUUACGAGCCUGGUUUCUUGAAACCCCUUCAGCAUAAAGGUAGGGCAUUGCUUGGUGUAUCAACAUCAUCGGAGCCUCAAAAGGAUGCAAAGAAACCUAUUAGGAUAUAUCUAAAUUAUGAUGCUGUUGGCCACUCCCCUGACAGGGAUUGUCAAAAAGUUGGUGACAUUGUCAAACUUGGGGAGCCUCCCAUGACUUCUCUUCCUGGUUUGCCUUCUUGUAAUCCUCUUGCGGAUCCUCCAAUCUCUGGUGAUUGUUGGUAUAACUGCACUUGCGAAGAUAUCACAGGAGAGGACAAAAAGCAUCGCCUUCGUAAGGCAUUAGGUCAGACAGCUGACUGGUUUAGGAGAGCAUUGGCUGUUGAGCCUGUCAAGGGGAAUUUGCGAUUAAGUGGAUAUUCUGCAUGCGGACAAGAUGGAGGUGUGCAGCUUCCUCGUGAAUAUGUUGAAGAGGGAGUCUCUGAUGCGGACUUAGUUCUUUUGGUGACUACAAGACCUACGACUGGGAAUACACUUGCUUGGGCAGUGGCAUGUGAACGGGAUCAAUGGGGCCGUGCUAUCGCUGGACAUGUUAAUGUUGCUCCUCGUCAUUUGACAGCUGAGGCAGAGACUUUGCUUUCAGCUACUCUAAUACAUGAGGUUAUGCAUGUUCUGGGUUUCGAUCCUCAUGCCUUUGCUCAUUUUAGAGAUGAAAGGAAAAGACGCCGUAAUCAGGUUACUGAACAAGUUAUGGAUGAAAAGAUUGGGCGGAUGGUAACACGUGUGGUGCUUCCGCGUGUUGUCAUGCAUUCACGACAUCAUUAUGCGGCAUUCUCAGGAAAUUUUACUGGUUUAGAGCUGGAAGAUGGUGGAGGACGCGGCACAUCAGGGUCUCACUGGGAAAAAAGACUUCUGAUGAAUGAAAUCAUGACUGGUUCUGUGGAUACAAGAUCUGUAGUUUCAAAAAUGACACUAGCUCUCUUAGAAGAUAGCGGAUGGUACAAAGCCAAUUAUAGCAUGGCAGACCAUCUUGAUUGGGGUCGCAACCAGGGUACUGAGUUUAUUACCUCCCCUUGUAAUCUCUGGAAGGGGGCCUAUCAUUGCAACACAACACAGUUUUCAGGUUGUACGUAUAACAGAGAGGCAGAGGGUUACUGUCCAAUUCUAACCUAUAGUGGAGACCUUCCUCAGUGGGCUCAGUAUUUUCCACAAGCUAAUAAAGGUGGACAAUCCUCAUUAGCUGAUUAUUGCACCUAUUUUGUUGCAUACUCCGAUGGAUCAUGUACAGACACUAACAGUGCACGGGCACCUGAUAGAAUGCUAGGUGAAGUACGAGGAAGUAACUCUAGGUGUAUGGCCUCAUCAUUAGUGCGCACAGGAUUUGUACGAGGUUCUCUGACCCAGGGAAAUGGUUGUUAUCAGCACAGGUGUAUCAAUAAUUCUUUAGAGGUUGCUGUGGAUGGUAUAUGGAAAGUGUGUCCUCAUGCUGGUGGAUCCAUUCAGUUCCCUGGCUUUAAUGGUGAAUUAGUCUGCCCUGCGUAUCAUGAGCUCUGUAACAGAGAUCCAGUGGUUGUGUCUGGGCAAUGUCCAAGUGCAUGUAAUUUCAAUGGAGAUUGUGUUGAUGGAAGAUGUCACUGCUUUUUUGGAUUUAAUGGUCAUGAUUGCAGUAGACGUUACUGCCCCGGCAAUUGCACUGGCAAUGGCAUGUGCCUCUCCAAUGGAAUUUGUGAAUGUAAAACUGGCUACACUGGCAUUGACUGUUCCACUGCUGUUUGUGAUGAGCAAUGUAGCCUUCAUGGUGGGGUUUGUGAUAAUGGAGUUUGCGAAUUUCGCUGUUCUGACUAUGCGGGAUACACUUGCCAGAACAGCUCCAUGCUCCUCUCCAAUCUUUCAGUUUGCAAAAAUGUGCUUGGAAAUGAUAUUUUUGGUCAGCAUUGUGCACCCAGUGAACCUAGCAUACUACAGCAGCUAGAAGAAGUGGUUGUCAUGCCCAACUACCACCGAUUAUUCCCUGGUGGUGCAAGGAAAUUAUUUAAUAUAUUUGGCAGCACCUACUGUGAUGAGGCAGCUAAACGGCUUGCAUGCUGGAUCUCAAUCCAGAAGUGUGAUAAGGAUGGAGACAACAGGCUACGAGUAUGUCAUUCUGCAUGUCGGUCUUAUAAUCUAGCGUGUGGAGCUUCACUGGACUGCGGUGACCAAACUCUUUUCAGCAGCAAUGGGGAGGGAGAGGGUCAGUGCACUGGCUCUGGUGAGAUGAAAUUGUCGUGGUUUAAUCGACUGAGAAGUAGUUUUUCUUUCAGAAAUAGUUCCUCAAAAGUAAUAUCUGUAAGAUAUAGGCAGCUUUAGCUUCGAUCCUUUUUCUCAUUUGGGUGGAGGAGGGUUGGGUUGUAAUUUUUAUAGGGUUAUUGUAGGAAAAAUUGGUGGCAUGUAACACCUUAGAUUUAGGGAUUGCUUACUCAUCCAAAAUUGUUUAGGAAAAAUGGGAUGAGGAAGUAACAGAUUCGGCUUUCAAAGAGAGCCUUUUGUAGAGAAAAUUUGGAAUAUUUGGAAAUGGAUAUUAAAUGAGC